GAGUCAAGUGAUUUAAUAAAUAGAGUUUUGUACAAGGAGGGCAAGAUGCUCUUGGAGGAGGAGAGAUGAUGAAGUCCAUGCUGUUUUCUGUGAGAAUAACCUAUGCUUAAAUGGGCUUACAGUGAUGUGGAGCUGGCAUCCUUAGAUGAACUUGUUCGUGGAAAUACUGUGCCUUUUCACUUUUGUGAUCGGAAAGGGUUUUGCUGGAUAACUAUCCUUGCUAUGAGUGACUUAAAAUUCUUAAUGGUCCCUCUGCAAAGAGAGUAUGCUUCUCUAUCCGUGCCCUUAAAAGGCGUUUUGCCUACACAGAGACCAAAAUUUUUUGAUGCCUCUCAUCCCAGAGGUGUUUCAGUAGGACGGUGUUUGUGACCUGAUUUUAAGAUUCAGAUCAAUGUGGAACUCUCAAAAAUGCUGGAAAUUUUAAGAAGCAAUGCUGCUCUUUACUGAGGAAACACAUCGGUGGAGUGGAGCAGCAAGUCAGAAGCCAGAUUUCUCCUUCUGGUGCAGCUGUUAAGAGUAAGGAUCUGGAUUCCAUCUCAGCCUGAGUUCCUGGAAUCCUGUCACCAUGGAGACUGAAAGUGAGCAGAACUCCAGCUCUACCAGCGGGAGCUCCAGUUCUGGAGGAAGCACCCGUCCUCAGAUAUCGCAGAUGUCUCUCUAUGAGCGCCAGGCAGUACAGGCCCUGCAGGCACUCCAGAGACAGCCCAAUGCAGCGCAGUACUUUCAUCAGUUUAUGCUCCAGCAGCAGCUUAACAGUGCCCAGCUUCACAGCCUGGCUGCUGUCCAGCAGGCUACAAUUGCAGCCAGUAGACAGGCCAGCUCACCCAACACCAGCACCCCACAACAGACCACUACCACCCAGGCCUCUAUCAACCUAGCCACCACUUCAGCUGCUCAGCUGAUCAGUCGGUCUCAAAGCGUGAGCUCCCCCAGUGCCACAACCUUAACGCAGUCUGUGCUCCUUGGGAAUACCACGUCGCCACCUCUCAACCAGUCACAGGCCCAGAUGUACCUCCGGCCACAGCUGGGGAACCUGUUGCAGGUAAACCGGACCUUGGGCCGCAACGUGCCUCUUGCAUCCCAACUCAUCCUGAUGCCCAACGGGGCCGUGGCCGCUGUCCAGCAGGAGGUGCCACCUACUCAGUCUCCUGGGGUCCAUGCAGACACAGACCAGGUGCAGAACUUGGCUGUGAGGAGCCAGCAGACCUCGGCCACUAAUGCCCAGCUCCAGGGCUCUGCUCAGAAGGCAGCUCUGCCAGGAAGCUCCCAGGCUUCGGGCUUACCACAGGCCACCAACACGGGCCAGACCUUGGCAGUGGCUCAGGCCUCCUCUGGCAGCACAGGCCAGUCCCUCAACUUGAGCCAGGGGGCAGCUGGCAGCAGUGGUGUCUCUGGGGGUGUGGUGGCAAGUGGUGGGAGCCAGACUUCAACGGGAUUGAGCCAAACCUCCUUGGCAGGUGCUGCUGGCAGUUGCCAAAGGAAAGGCACAGGAGUGGUUCAGCCAUUACCGGUAGCAGCUGCCCAGGCUGUGACUGUCAGCCAGGGAAGCCAGACAGAGGCAGAGAAUGCAGCCUCAAAGAAGGGUGAAACGGACAGCGGUGGACAGCAAACAGUGGGCAUGAACCUGACCAGGACGGCUACACCAGCACCCAGCCAGACACUGAUCAGUUCAGCCACAUAUACACAGAUCCAGCCACACUCGCUGAUCCAACAGCAGCAGCAGAUCCACCUGCAGAAGCAGGUAGUGAUCCAGCAGCAGAUUGCCAUUCAUCACCAGCAGCAGUUCCAGCACCGCCAGUCCCAGCUCCUUCACACAGCCACCCAUCUCCAGCUGGCCCAACAACAGCAACAGCAGCAAGCACCUUCUCUGACCCAACAGCAGCAGCAAGCUCAACCUCUGCAGCAGCAGGCUCCACCUCAAAACCAGCAGCAGGCUCAGACCCUUGUGGUGCAACCUAUGUUGCAGUCCCAGCCACAGCCAAUGCAGCUCCAGCAGGACAGUCCAUGCCAGCCAGCCACCAAGUCACCUGUUCCAAUUCAGUCAAAAUCUCUGGUCACUCCUAUCAAACCACCUCAGCUUGGGCCUGCUAAAAUGUCAGCAACUCAGCAGCCUCUACCACACAUCCCAGUGCAGGUGGUGGGUACUCGGCAGCAGGGCUCAGGCCAAGCGCAAGCGCUGGGUUUGGCUCAGAUUGCUGCAGCAGUGCCAACUUCCCGGGGAAUGCCAGCUGUGGUCCAGCCUGUUUCCCAUGCCCAUGCUGCUUCCUCGUCAUCAUCUUCAGGUCCAGCAUCUUCACAGGAAGCUCCUCCUGUCACUACAGGGGUGAAUUUGGCACAAGUUCAAGGCACAGCCCACAUGGUAAAGAGCCCAGCCUCCUCUCCAGUUGUAGCUCAGAUGCCAGCAGCAUUCUACAUGCAGUCUGUCCAGUUGCCAGCCAAAUCUCAGACCUUAGCAGUUAAGCGCAAAGCAGAGUCAGAGGAAGAGAAGGAGGAGUCACCCAGUGUCACUGCCCUCCUGCCUGCCAGGUCCUCUCCUGUAACAGACGGUCCCCAAAAUGUGGAAGAGAAGAGUGGCCUUGGAGAUAAAUCUGAUCCUGCUGCCAUUGCAACAACAAAUACUGCCUCAAGUGAAGGAGCAUCAGUCACCCCGACUUCUGCUCCCAACCCAAACCUGGCAAUGGUGUCACGUCAGAUAGGAGACUCCAAACCUCCACAAGCCAUUGUCAAGCCCCAGAUCCUCACGCACAUCAUUGAGGGCUUUGUCAUCCAGGAAGGAGCAGAACCCUUUCCGGUGGGUUGUUCUCAGCUGCUGAAAGAAUCUGAGAAACCGCUGCAGGGAGAGGCUCCUUCUGGCCAGAGUGAAAACCUGUCCAGCAAUUCUCUGGGAGGGGACAAUGCUUCUGUAGAGCUUGAUAAGAAGGCAAACUUGCUGAAAUGUGAAUACUGUGGGAAGUAUGCCCCAGCAACCCAGUUCCGUGGCUCCAAGAGGUUUUGUUCCAUGACCUGUGCUAAAAGGUACAAUGUCAGCUGCAGCCAUCAGUUUCGGCUGCAAAGAAAGAAAAUGAAGGAGUUCCAGGAAGCUAACUAUGUACGUGUUCGCCGACGGGGACCACGGCGCAGCAGCUCUGAAAUUGCUCGAACAAAGAUCCAGGGCAAGCGCCACAGGGGCCAAGAAGAUUCAAGUCGAGGCUCUGAUAACUCCAGCUAUGAUGAAGCUCUGUCUCCUACAUCUCCAGGACCGCUCUCAGUAAGGGCCAGUCAUGGAGACAGGGACCUGGCAAAUUCUAGUGUGGCCCCACCUACUCCAGAUCUACAUGGCAUCAACCCAGUCUUCCUGUCCAGCAGUCCCAGUCGUUGGAGCGUGGAGGAAGUGUACGAGUUCAUUGCAUCACUGCAAGGGUGCCAGGAGAUUGCUGAAGAGUUUCGGUCACAGGAAAUUGAUGGCCAGGCCCUGUUGCUUCUGAAGGAGGAACACCUCAUGAGCGCUAUGAACAUCAAGCUGGGACCAGCUCUCAAGAUUUGUGCCAAGAUCAAUGUCCUCAAAGAGACCUAACAGCUCUGAAGCCAGAGGUCUCAAUUUUGCUCUGACCCCAGGGCAACUGCCAGUUUUGGAGCAUCCUGUUGGGGCAGGGAAGAAUGGGACAGUCCCCUGUGGUCUUGCAUUCAAGAAGAAUGAGAAGAAAUGUAACUGAUUGAAACUGCCAUGCACAAGCCCACAUCUUGGUCUCUUAAUGGUGCUACAAGGGGAAGGAAAACCUGGGGCCUUGAAACAUGUUUCCUUCUUCCUGAUUUUGAAUAUGCCUCUCACAUAUACCCCAUAAAGAUGGGAAGGGGACCUCUUUCUGCUUUAGCAGGCUUCUGAAAGGGAACUGCCCUUGCUCCUUUUUGCUACAGAAAGUAUGCUAGAUCUUAGUUUUGAGUCUUGUGCCAGAACUUGAGGCAUAGGAACACCUGGCCCCAUAGGGACAUCGGGUGCAUUUAGGAAGGGGAACUAAAAAAUUCCAGGUGACAGAGGUGGAGAAACAAGAAUUUGAGCAAAAGGGGCUGCUGUUGUUCCGCUCUUCAGAAAAAUACCAAGGCUGUUCAUGAAUGAGGUUUAAUAGCCAUUCCAGCGUGCAUACCAAACUUGAAGGCCUGUGGCAAUAGGAGCUGCCUUACCUUUACUGCCUGCUAUAGAGAUGCAGAGUGAAGAGAAAGUGUUGCAGCAGCUAUUCACUCCAGGUGCCACUCUCUGAACCAGAGGGGAAUUUAUCCUGAGUACUUAUGACAAGGUGAUGGGAAGAUCGAAGGGGAGGGUUAGUAUCUUACAUUAGGGAACCUGCAGCAGUAGGUUUGUCUCCCCAUUGUGGUAGGGCAUGAUUUACAGAUCCAAAGCAGUCUCCAGGAGCACCAAGGCUCUUUAUAAAAUGGGCUGGGGUUUUGGAUUUGUUUUGGGGUUUUUUUUUUUGGUUUUUUUUUUUUUAUUUUAUUUUUUUAUGUGUGUUCUUUUAUCAGUUUGUAUUAUUUUUGUGUCUGUCUUCAUUCUCAGGAGAGCUUUUGAGAUAAAGUUUAAGCUGGCAGGAUUGUAUUGCCCCUGCCUCAGGCUAUUUUUAUUUUUUCAUUUUUUUUUUGGUGAUGUUGCAAAACAAAUAUUUCUCAGUUUAAAACAAAACCACACCUUCCAACAACUGAAUACUGAUCCUUUAAUACUCCUUCUCCUUUCUAAGGGGUAGAAUUAUGUUACAGGCUGAGUCACUCCAUUUCUGCCCCUCUAGGUUUGGGUUUGUUUAUUUUUUAAGGACCAAAUAUGGUAUUCUGAACUCUUGUAACCAGAUUGCCAAAGGUGAAAACCUGGGCAGAGGAGUUCUCUUCCAGAAGCACCUCUGCUUCAAACAAAUAAACAGGGAAAAAAAAUGAAGAAAUUACACAAAGCACGAGGAGGUAAGUGCCCCCUAGAGCCAGAUACCUGAAAGCAAGAUGAUUUUAUGGAACUGGCUUUUCUGUUUUCAGAAGUUUCAAGUGAGUAUUGGUGAAACAUAAGAUUGUUUUCUUUGGAAAGCACCUACUGUUGUGGGAAAGCUGUAGUGGCAUGGGAGGAGGCCUAUUAGCACAGGUAGGAAAACAGGAGAGAUCUUUGGAACAGGGUCUUUAUGAAAUCAUGUUAGAAAAAGAGAAGAGGGAAAUGUCUUAGAGGAUGGAUAAAAUGAGGCAGCAGCUUCCUGGUCUUAACUGUACUGUUGAAUCUCACUUAACUGACAUCCUUGCUCCAGUGUGAGAAGAUAGGUCCAAACAAAGGUGCAUGUGCUUGUACCCUGAUAACACUAUUUGGUCUGAUGUAAACUGCAGGGAAGGGAAGGGGUAAGGUUAGAAUCUCUUAACUGCAGUCAGCAGAGGAAGGCUGCUGCCCUUAAACUAUUUUGUCCUUAGCAGGCUGGGUAUGAUCAAACUUCUGUUUAGAUUGAGCCUUGGCAGGACAGACAGGCACCUACACUGCCUAUGUUACUAGCUUCUUCUGAGAACUGGACUUCAUUUCAGUCGAAGGGGAUGGUUUCAUUUCUUCAUUUCAUGUUUAAUGUUCUUAAUAAAAAAUGCUUGUUCAGGCUUUGCCAGUCUGCCUGCUUCAUCCCCGCUUGCUCCUGAGCAUUAACCUACUGUUUGAAAAGUAUGACCUUCAUCAAAAAGUUAUAGAAUCAUAGAAUAGUUCCAGUUGGAAGGGACCUUAAAGAUCAUCUCAUUCCAACCACCCUGCCAGGCUCCACCUUCCACCAGACCAGGCUGCCCAAGGCCCCAUCCAGCCUGGCCUUGAACACUUCCAGGGAUGGGAUAUCCACAACUUCCCUGGGCAACCUGUUCCAGUGUCUCACCACUGUCAUUGUGAAGAAAUUCCUCCUAGUCUAAAUCUAGUCUAAAUCUUCCCCUCUCCAGUUUAUACCCAUUGUCCCUUGUCCUAUCACUACAUGCCUUUGUAAAGCGUCCCUCUCUAGCUGUCUUGUAGGCCCCCUUCAGGUAGUGGAAGGUCGCUACAACAUCUCGGAGCCUUCUCCAGGCUGAACAAGCCUAACUCAGCCUGUCCUCGUGUGGAAGGUGCUGCAGUCAUCUGAUCAUUCUUGUAGCCCUCCUCUGGACCCAUUUCAACAGUUUUGUAUCCUCCUUUUGUUGAGGAUUCCAGAACUGGACACAGCACUUCAGAUGAGGUCUCUCAAGAGAGGAAUAUGGGCAGAAUCACCUCCCUUGACCUGCUGGCCAUGCUUCUUUUGAUGCAGCCCAGGAUAUGGUUGGCUGCCUGGGCUGCGAGCCCGCCUGCUUGUGUCAAGCUUCAUAUCGGUCAGCACGCCCUAGUCCUCAAUCCUCCUCUCAAUCACAUCAUCCCCCAUCUUGUAUUGAAACUGCAGAUUGCCCUGACCCAGGUGUAGGACCUUGCACUUGGCCUUGUUGAAUCUCAUGAGGUUCUCACAGGCCUGCCUGUCCAUCUUGUUCAGGUCCCUCUGGAUGACAUCUUGUCCUUCUAGUGUGGCAACUGCACCACUCAGCUUGGUGUCAUCUGCAAACUUGCUGAGGGUGCUCUUGAUCUUGCUGUCUAUAUCAUUGAUGAAGAUAUUCAACAGCACUGGUCCCAGUACGGACACCUGAGGGACACCACUUGUCACAGAUUCCCAUCUGGACUUCAAGCCAUUGACCACUACUCUCUGAAUACAACCAUCCGACUACUUAGCCACUAAACAGUCCAUCCAUCAAAUCCGUCUCUCUCCCAUUUAGAGAGAAGGAUGUUGUUGGGGACUGUGUCAAAGGCUUUACAAAAGUCUAGAUAGAUCAUAUCCACAGGUUUUCCUGUGUCCACUGCUGCAGUUGCCUAAUCAUAGAAAGCCACUAGGUUGGUUAUACAGGACUUGCCCCUGGUGAAGCCAUGCUGCUGGCUGCCAUUAAUCACCUCCGUGUUCUCCAUGUGCUUUAUCAUAGCUUCUAGGAGGAUCUGUUCCGUGAUCUUCCCAGGCAUGGAAAUGAGGCUGAUAGGUUGAUAGUUCUCAGGGUCAUCUUGUCUACCUUUUUAAAGACGGGAGCAAUAUUACCCUUUUUCCAGUCACCAGGGACUUCUGACUGCCAUGACUUUUCAAAUAUCACGGAGAGCGGCUUCACAACCACAUCAGCCUCGGGACUCUGGAAUGCAUCUCAUCAGGUCCCAUAGACAUAUAUGUUCAGGUUCCCUAGGUGGUCAUUUUUAUCUUAAUUUUUAUUGCUCCAGGGAAAUAGAAAGCAUGGGAAACUUCUUAUCUGUAACUACCUGAACUUUUUGAGUUUGUUUACCGUGGGCAUAUGCCUCCCUCUUAAGCCCUAAGGGAACUGGAGUGAUACAUGGUUGCAACACUGAAAAGAAAAGAUCCCUUCCUGGUAAAAGUAGUUACAAAGUAACGCACAAGGUAUCACGCACUAAGGACCCCUCAUCCUUGGAUAAGUAUGAUGCUCUGGCACCAAAAAAAGCUUGUGUUACAUCAGCACGCUUCACCAUUUUUUUUUUGGUCAUUUUAUUUUUGAAAGUUGUGUUUUGUACAAAAAAAAAUUACCUUAAACACCACCAUGGAAAACAGUAACAUACUUGGUGACUUCCUAUUUUUCCCAUGUUAGGAGAAAGAUUGAGACUGUAACAUAAGUCAAAGGAAGCAGGAACUGUCUGCCCAGUCUAAACCCAGCAAGAAAGCAGGGCCAUCCCUUUUCCUUCAACAACACUGCUCAGACUGCUUUGGCAGAAUUAAAAUACACAAACCUUGUUUGUAGUUUGCCAUUAGCAGUAGUGUCUUGCUUAUUUACAGUAUGUCCUCAACAGUGACAGCCUACAGUAGGGCAGAGUGGGAUUGCUUAGAGUCUAGCUCCUCCCAUAAAAACCAAUUAAAAAUCAAAGUGCCAAAUUCCUGAAGGUUCCCAUCAAGUCUCAGAACUCAGCUGUUGCUGCUUUUCAGCAGGGCCCCUGGAGAAUGUUCUUUCUCACUCCCAGCCAGUGGCAGUAUGCAAGUACCAUCUGCACAGG